AUGUUAUGGGACGGACGGUUGGUGGUUCACGGCGACGGCAUGGACCUGGUCCGCCGGCAGAACGGUAACAGCGAUAAAAACAGCCCCGGUGCGCCCAUUGUGGCCGUGGAUGUCCAGAUUUUCUGCUCAGACCCGCGAGUCACCCUCUCGGACCUCCCGCAAACUUUGCAUCAAUUAGCCUUUGCCAACCCGCGUCUGCUGCCGCUGUGGUCGAUUCAGACGCCAGAAAUGGCCGUAUACUCGCAAGAUUCGCUCGCCGCAGACUUCUUUGCCAAAGUGUCCGCCCACAACCUCGGCGUGCUCGCCAAAGUGCCCGACUCAGACACCCACAUGCUGUUCUACGCGCUCGACGAAACGCCCGCCCGGAUCUGCGCUCGGCAACUCCGCCUCAGCCAGCCGCCUUCUGACGAGCCGGUCCAGGCCGCCGAGAACUCGCUCGCCAGCGUAACGUCACCGCAGUCCACCAUCCCGUCCCCGGCGCCAAUUGUGCCGACACAAUGCGGCAUAGACGGCCCGCGAAAGGCUCUGCAACAGACUAUACUGGGCGCCAUGCGGCUGAGAGGCAUUGACAGGUCUCACAGGGACUACAAAAGUAUAUAUCAGCACUGUCUACGGGCGGCAGAGUUCUCGCUACGAAAUUGCCCUCAGCCUAUCAGCCUGGACGCAAUGAGAGACAAAGUCGAGGCUCUACUGGCUGUUCUCGAAUGA